AUGAGCACCGAAAACGACCAAAACCCUUCCGCCCUCAAGUCUCAAGUUGAUAAUAUGUUACGGGCCAGUACUGCAGCCGUCAAAUCCGUCCAAACCGUCGUCAAGACCGAAGUUGCCAAGAGGUUCGCAUCAACUGUCGCCAAGAACGUCAAGAGUUUGGAAGGAAAGCACUUCAUGUCCAUUGACAAGUUGAGUAACGACGAACUUGAUGGCCUCUUGCAGCUUGCUCAUCACUUCAAGGAAGUCUAUGCUGAAAAGGGUCCCCAUUUGCCAAAGCCUUUGCAUGGACACUCCAUGAGUAUGAUUUUCCAAAAGCGAUCGACCAGAACACGCGUCUCCACUGAGACUGGAAUGGCCCUUCUUGGUGGCCAUGCCCUCUUUUUGGGCCCAUCUGAUAUUCAAUUGGGUGUCAACGAAAGCAUGAAAGACACUGCUCUUGUUUUGAGUCGAUUUAACUCUCUCGUAUUGGCUCGCGUCCAUGGACACAAGGAUGUUGUUGAACUUGCCGAGUAUUCUCAGGUUCCCAUCAUCAACGCCCUCAGUGAUUUGCACCACCCACUGCAAACGUUGGCCGAUUUGAUGGCUCUGCAACAGCGGUUCGGAAUGGACCUCUCUGGAAAAACUGUUGCAUGGGUUGGAGACGGAAACAAUGUCUUGCACGAUUUGAUGCUCGGAAGUGUCAAGAUGGGAAUGAACGUUCAAAUUGCCACACCAAAUGGAUUCGAGCCAGAUGCCGAAAUUCUUGCCAUCACCAAGACCUUGGCUGAAGAGAAUGGUGUAUCCGUCAUGACUACCACUAUCGCCGAUGACGCUGUCAAGGGUGCUGAUGUCGUUGUCACUGAUACUUGGGUCAGUAUGGGACAAGAAGAGGAAUACGCCCAGAGAAUGAAGGAAUUCGACGGAUACCAAGUGAACUCUGAGUUGAUGGCCAAGGCUAACGACGGAGCCGUCUUUCUGCACUGUCUUCCCCGCCACCCAGAAGAGGUUACCGACGAAGUUUUCUACAGUGACGCAUCCUUGGUUUUCCCUGAAGCCGAAAACCGCAUGUGGACAGUUAUGGCUGUCAUGGCUGCACAACUUGGACGAGUUGAGUAG